CAGCUGUGCUUGGGAGGACAGGUGUCACCUGUCUGUACACAGCAGAGAGCUGAGCCCCUCGGAGUCCCUUGCAGAGCCCCGAGCCCCUGGUAGUGAAACCGACAACCUACUGAUGACCUCAGGAGGAGGCUCGGCAGGCCGCUUCUAAAAAAGAGGGAUGGAUGAGCGCCAUAUUGCGCUUGGCUGAUCAGAGGGAGGGGACAUCUGCGGCCGCGAGCUCCGGACAACUAGCACCAAACAACAUCAGGAAGCCACGGACACAGGGCUCUUCUUUGGAAACGCAUUUUACUAAACAGCUCCUCGUAUAGAGACACGAAUAAAGCAGAAAAAUGCCCAAGGCGGUCAAUGUUCGCGUCACCACCAUGGAUGCUGAGCUGGAGUUUGCCAUCCAGCCCAGCACCACCGGCAAGCAGCUGUUUGACCAGGUGGUGAAAACCGUCGGCUUACGUGAGGUCUGGUAUUUUGGACUCCAGUAUAUGGAUGGCAAAGGUUAUUAUACGUGGCUAAAACUGGACAAAAAGGUGUCAGCCCAGGAUGUCAAGAAAGAGAACCCGCUGCAGUUUAAGUUUCGGGCCAAAUUCUUCCCAGAGGAUGUGUCAGAGGAGCUGAUCCAGGAAAUCACCCAGAAGCUCUUCUUCCUGCAAGUGAAGGAGAGCAUCCUGACGGACGCGGUCUACUGUCCACCAGAGACGGCUGUGCUGCUGGCCUCCUACUCCGUUCAGGCCAAGUUUGGAGACUACAACAAAGAAAUUCAUCGACCUGGGUACCUGCUGUCUGAACACCUUCUGCCACGCAGAGUCCUGGAGCAGCACAAAUUAUCCAGAGAACAGUGGGAGGAGAGGAUUCAGGUGUGGCAUGAGGAGCAUCAUGGGAUAUUGAAGGAGGACGCCAUGCUGGAGUACCUGAAGAUCGCCCAGGACCUGGAAAUGUACGGAGUCAACUACUUUGAUAUCAAGAAUAAGAAGGGAACAGAGCUGUGGCUGGGAGUGGAUGCCCUGGGACUCAACAUUUAUGAGAAGGAAGACAAACUGUCCCCAAAGAUUGGCUUCCCCUGGAGUGAGAUCAGAAACAUUUCCUUCAACGAUAAGAAGUUCAUCAUCAAGCCCAUUGACAAAAAAUCUCCUGACUUUGUGUUUUAUGCCCCGAGACUGCGCAUAAACAAGCGCAUCCUGCAGCUGUGCAUGGGCAACCAUGAGUUGUACAUGCGUCGUCGCAAGCCGGACACGAUUGAGGUGCAGCAGAUGAAGGCCCAGGCCCGGGAGGACAAGCAACAGAAACAGAUGGAGAGGGCCCAACUGGACAACGAGAAGAAGAGGAGAGAGGCCAUUGAGAGAGAGAAGGAGCAGAUGGAGCGAGAGAAGCAGGAUCUGAUGAUGAGGAUCUACCAGUUUGAAGAGAAAACCAAGAAGGCAGAGAAAGAUCUCCAGGAGCAGCUCCAGAGAGCCAUGAUGCUGGAUCAGGAGCGGAGGAGAGCCGAAAAUGAGGCAGCACGUCUGGAGGCAGAGCGUCAGGAUGCUCUGCUGGCUAAAGAGGAGCUCGCUCGCCAGGCUGAGCAUCAGAAGAAGAGCCGGGAGCAGCUGGCUGAGGAGCUGGCCCAGCACACGGCCCGGAUCACCCAGCUGGAGGAGGCCAAGAAACGCAAGGAGGAGGAGGUUGACACAUGGCAGCUCAGGGCCAAGGAGGCCCAGGACAGUCUGGUUAAGACUAAAGAGGAGCUGCAUAUGAUGAUGGCACCCCCGCCACCUCCCCCUCCCCCAAUGUAUGACCACAUGGAUGACAACAGUGACAGCGAGGAGAACACCAGCACGCACAGCGCCGACCUGCAUAUCGAAGGUAUUAACGACCAUCGCAAAGAGGAGGAUCGCCUGACGGAGGCUGAGAAGAAUGAGCGUGUCCAGAAACAGCUGAAGGCCCUAACUUCAGAGCUGGCUCAGGCGCGUGAUGAAUCCAAGAGCACCCAGAACGACAUUCUUCACAGUGAGAACAUGCGGGCCGGCCGAGACAAAUACAAGACCCUGCGACAGAUCAGGCAGGGCAACACCAAGCAGAGGAUUGACGAGUUUGAAGCCUUAUAAGACGCCACGUAACCUUUCUGAAUGGUCACUAUAUCUUGCUCCUCGGCUGACGCGUGUCGCCACACACACAAACGAUGCACAUACACAUCAGUUGCAGACUAAACUGGAGCAGUAUAAGCAGAGCAGAAACAUCAUUUUUAGAAAGAGAAACUCCUGUUGUGAGUUUGCCUGGCAGUAUGCAGGGCUUUGCAAAUCCUUUUGAAGAAAACUUGGUGCCAAAACUUUCUCUUCAGCAUUUUAGAUGUUUGUGUAUAAUUUCAGCAGUUCAGACCAAAUCAUUAGUUUUUAGCCAGAGGUGGGAUGAUGUAGCGGGACUAGCCAGAUUCUAUCACUAUCUCAUGAUGUACACAUAGAAUAUAUGUAAUCAUAACCUGGCUUCUUUUUGCCAUCUGCCACGAAGGACAGUUUGUUUAGGGCGACCACUCAGAAAGGGGAAAACAGUAUAAGCAGAAACAUUUGUUUUCAGUUACAUUUGAACACUUCCAGUUAUGUUUAAUAUUGCUAUACAUUAGUUUAAAAUCAUUCCUAGUUUGAUAUUUAUACUGUAUAUGGGAUGUUAAAAAGGGUAUUUCAUCUUGGUUUGUAUAUUUUUGCUAUCUACUAAUAAAAUGUUUCAAAAGUUUUAUAUAUUGACCUAAAUAAUCUUAUGUUCAGUACCUUUACCUUUAGAAUAAGAACAUUUAAUUGUAAAUUAUUAUUUUUUACAGUAGGAAAUAUCCAGCUGCAUGCCAGUAAAUCAGUUACAGAAAUUGCAUCCAUCUUUGUACCUGUGUUUUUUUUUUUGCCAUGUAGUUUUCAGCCUGUUGAGGAGUGUCUUUAUUUUUACAGCUCUGUGUUGACCGGGACAUGUCAGUUCAAUUGAUUUCUCUCUGUUCUGUGUCGUGAAGCACAUUGUGCUUUUACCCUCCUAAGUGGCCUUUCUCCCUGGAUGUCCCUCAGCAUGGUGCAGCUGCUCUGUACUCCUUAGCCACAGUGCAUAUU